GCGGAAGCGGCCGGUUGCGCUUGCGCGUCCCCUUUCCCUAGGGCGACAGGCGGGCGAGCCGGCACCACCUUUCCUCUCAAGAGCUGAAGCUGAUUCUCCCCCUCCUGGGUCGCCACAACAGCCCUGUGAGUUUCCUACUCCAACGAGGCAUCAUGUCGCUGUCCCAUUUGUAUGGCAAAAAUGACGCUGCUGCUGAUGACGAUGUGGAGAUGGAGAAAUUUGAGAUCACCGACUGGGACCUUCAGAAUGAGUUCAACCCCAACCGGCAGCGCCACUGGCAGACCAAGGAGGAGGCCACCUAUGGCAUGUGGGCUGAGCACGAUUCUGAUGAUGAGAGGCCCAGCUUUGGGGGCAAACGGUCUAAAGAUUACUCGGCACCUGUUAACUUUAUCAGCGCUGGGCUGAAGAAGCCAGCAGCUGAUGAGAUAACAGAUGAAGAUUCUGAUGAGGAUGAGAAGCCUCUGAAGCAGGAAGAAAUCCCCAAAGAGUUUGUGCCAAAGAAGUUAAAGACAGGUGGCAAUUUCAAACCGAGCCAGAAGGGCUUCAUAGGAGGAACCAAAUCUUUUAUGGACUUUGGUAGCUGGGAGAGACAUACAAAAGGAAUUGGGCAGAAACUUCUUCAAAAAAUGGGCUAUGUGCCUGGAAGGGGCCUUGGAAAGAAUGCUCAAGGUAUCAUCAACCCUAUUGAAGCUAAGCAGAGGAAAGGCAAGGCAGCCAUAGGGGCAUAUGGCUCUGAGCGAACCACACAGUCCUUGCAGGACUUCCCUGUUGUUGACUCAGAUGAAGAGGCAGAGGAGGAGUUCCAGAAGGAGCUCAGCCAGUGGCGGAAGGACCCUGGUGGGGGCAAGAAGAAGCCAAAGUAUACCUACAAGACUGUGGAGGAACUGAAAGCCAAAGGCCGGGCCGGGAAGCAACUGUCAGCACCUCAGAAGGAGCUGGCACAAGUGAAGGUGAUUGACAUGACCGGCCGGGAACAGAAAGUCUAUUACAGCUACAGCCAGAUCAGCCAGAAGCACAACAUCCCUGACGACAACCCCCAGCAGCCUCCGCCGCUGGGCAAGGACUCCAAGGCGCAGGCCUUCAGUCUGCCUGAACUGGAGCACAACCUGCAGCUCCUCAUUGACCUGACGGAGCAGGAGAUCAUCCAGAAUGACCGGCAGCUGCAGUACGAGAGGGACAUGGUGGUAAACCUGACCCAUGAGAUCGACAAGAUGGCGGAGGUCCUGGAGCGGGAGGAGGCAGACACACGCAACCUCAGCGAGGUCCUGGAGCUGGUGGAGGAGUGUGAGAGGCGGAUGCAGCCCAACUGCAAGGACCCCCUGACCCUGCCUGAGUGUGCCAGGAUCUUUGAGACCCUCCAGGACAAAUACUACGAAGAGUACCGGAUGUCUGACCGCGUGGACCUGGCUGUGGCCAUUGUCUUUCCUCUCGUCAAGGACUACUUCAAAAACUGGGACCCUCUGAAGGAUCACAUGUAUGGCACUGAUAUCCUAGCGAAGUGGAAGAGCUUGCUGGAAAAUGACCAGUUGCUGUCCCACGGUGGGCAGGACCUUGCCUCAGAUGCUUUUCACAGGUUGAUGUGGGAGACUUGGAUGCCGUAUGUGCGGAACGUGGUAGCACAGUGGCAGCCCCGGAACUGCAUCCCAAUGGUGGACUUCCUUGACAGCUGGGGACACAUCAUUCCUGUUUGGAUCCUAGACAACAUUCUGGACCAGCUGAUCUGCCCCAAGUUGCAGAAAGAGGUGGAAAGCUGGAACCCCCUGACAGACACAGUCCCCAUCCACUCGUGGAUCCACCCCUGGCUGCCCUUAAUGCACGCCCGGCUCGAACCCCUCUACUCGCCCAUCCGCAACAAGCUGUCCAACGCCCUCCAGAAAUGGCACCCCAGUGACUCCUCGGCCAAGCUGAUCCUGCAGCCCUGGAAGGAGGUCUUCACUCCGGGGUCCUGGGAGGCCUUCAUGAUCAAGAACAUUGUGCCCAAGCUGGGCUUGUGUCUGAAUGAGCUGAUGAUCAACCCCCACCAGCAGCACAUGGACUCCUUCUUCUGGGUGAUGGACUGGGAAGGGAUGAUUUCGGUCUCUAGCCUGGUGGGGAUCCUGGAGAAGCACUUCUUCCCCAAGUGGCUGCAGGUGUUGUGCUCCUGGCUCAGCAACAACCCCAAUUACGAAGAGAUCACAAAGUGGUACCUGGGCUGGAAGUCGAUGUUCUCCGACCAGGUGCUGGCCCAUCCCUCCAUCAAGGAAAAAUUCAACGAGGCUCUGGACAUCAUGAACAGAGCAGUCUCUUCCAGUGUCGGUGGCUACAUGCAGCCUGGGGCCCGCGAGAAUAUUGCCUACCUCACACACACAGAGCGCCGGAAGGACUUCCAGUAUGAGGCGAUGCAGGAGCGCCGGGAGGCUGAGAACAUGGCGCAGCGCGGGAUCGGCAUGGCCGCAGGUUCCGUGCCCAUGAACUUCAAGGACCUCAUCCAGACCAAGGCGGAGGAGCACAACAUCGUCUUCAUGCCAGUCAUUGGAAAACGGCAUGAAGGGAAGCAGCUGUACACAUUUGGCCGCAUCGUCAUCUACAUUGACCGGGGUGUGGUCUUUGUGCAGGGGGAGAAGACCUGGGUCCCGACCUCCCUGCAGAGCCUCAUUGACAUGGCAAAGUGAGGACAAGGUGCUGGGACUCAGGGGGCACAGCACAGCACUGCCUUGCCUACUUCACUGGGGACCGGGAGGUGCAGGAAGGCAGUCCCUGAGCAGGAUCUGCCCCAGUGCGUGUGGGUUGAGGGCUAUGAUGAAACUCUCCUGCCAGGCUGCAGGAAAACCAGUGCAAACCAAGUGCAUCUAAUGUUGCUGGGGGCCAAGUACCACAACCACUAAAUUGAUUGGAAGCAUCUCCACCCUUUGCUCAGCCUUAGACCACCUGAGCAUCUAGAAAAUGCUGAAGCCCUGAGGCAGAAUAAAAAUGUCAACUUUUUUUUUUA